AUGACCGUCCGCGUCUUCAUCCACGGCUACCGCAAGCCCGGCCUCUCUCUGUCCACCUUCCGAGAGCGCUACGAAGCCCACAUCGAUCUCGUGAGACGUAUCUCCGGCGAAGACUUCCCACUCUCGCACCGCCGUACCUAUAUAGCUCGCACAACCGUCGAAACCCCACCUGCUGGGGCGACGGCCCGCAACGCCACAACCCCGGCGACUAUCCUUCAGGGCCAGCAGUCGGACUUUGACUUUGAUACGACGGCGGAACUGACCUUUGCUGAUCAGCCUUCUUUCCAGGCUUUCAUGGCUAAGGUGACGGCUCCUGAGGCGGCGGCGCAGAUUGCGGAGGAUGAGGAGCGGUUUUUUGAUCGGAAGAUGUUGAGUUUUGCUAUGAUUGGGGAGGUGGUGGAGACGAGGAAGUAG